GUUCAUCUACCCGCCACGUUUAGCCUCUGUUCCAAAAUUUCAACAGGCUACUACAUCGACGGCUUUCCCCCGGCCGCUGAUUUCGGUGGAACACAUGGCGGCGACUCUAUCGGCUUCACCGACUUACAGUUCUGCGGCACCAGAAAGGAAAUCCAGCCAAUCGCCUCGUGUUUUCUAUAAUUCUUCUCAUCGAAACCUUCUCUUUAAUUCCAGUUUCUCGCACUGCAACAAUACUGUUAAACUCUCACUUAAGCGAGCUGGCAUCGUCGUGUCGGCAGUAUCUGAUUCUCCCGGAAUUGGAUCGUAUGUGGAGUCUGGGAACAUUGCGGAUUUACUGGAUUCGGUUAAGGUGUUUGACUUGAACGGAAAUGGAAUUCCGAUUUCCGAUCUCUGGAAAGACAGGAAAGCCGUGGUCGCAUUUGCGCGUCAUUUUGGGUGUGUCUUUUGCCGAAAACGUGCUGAUUAUCUUGCUUCUAAGAAGCAGGACUUAUUGGACGCAUCCGGUGUGGCUCUUGUGCUGAUUGGACCUGGUAGCAUUGAUCAGGCAAAAGCAUUCAGUGAGCAAACAAAAUUUCAGGGAGAAGUCUAUGCUGAUCCUGCACAUUCAUCAUAUGAGGCUCUAAAUUUUGUGUCUGGGUUUACAACCACAUUUACUCCCAAAGCGGGUCUCAAGAUUAUUGAGCUGUACAUGGAAGGCUAUCGGCAGGAUUGGAAUCUAUCUUUUCAAAAGGACACUGUGUCUAGAGGGGGAUGGCAGCAAGGCGGCAUCAUAGUUGCAGGUCCCGGUAAAAAUAACAUCUCUUACAUUCACAAGGAUAAAGAAGCUGGGGAUGAUCCAGAUAUCCAAGAAAUUCUCAAGGCUUGUUGCUCAUGAAGUCGAGAGGGAUUCUCACACUGCACUGAUCCAUUGCUAUCUAAGUCUGGCUUGCAAUAAGGUAGUGAUAUGAAGGAUAGUAAAGAGUAUAGUUUUUGUUUAGGGAACAGUUACUUCUAAACUCUGAAAAGUUGGGACAGUAUGGAUUAUCUCCCUUUGUAGAUUUGGAUGAUAAAGGUAUAGAAUCACGUGAAUGAAAUUUAUGUAAUUUGAGUGUUA